UAAAUAAAUAAAUGACUAGUCUUUUUCUCCAUGCAUGAUUAUUCGAGCUGUGAGUCUAGCAGAGUAAGCUGUCAACAUAUUUUGUUUUGACUAGGAGUUGUCAACAUAUAUUGUAGGGAUGGAUACACAAGAAGAGAUAACACGAUAUGAUAAUGUCUCACAAAUGGAUGAUGAUUUUCUGGCAUCAUUUUUAAGUGAGUCUCAAAAUACUUCAAUGCAUGGCCAAGAGUCUUGUCCGGAAGUUGAAGUUGUCACCCCUAAUCCAACAAAACGUGGUGGCAACUUCAGUGUAGAUGAGGACAACCUCCUUGUCUCCGCAUGGCUUAACACUAGCAUGGAUGCCGUGCAAGGUACUGACCAAAGGAUUGAAAAAUUUUGGAAGAAAGUUUGGCAGUACUUUUGCGAGAAUAAUACUUACGGAACCACACGUUCUGCUUCCUCCCUCCAAAGUCGAUGGGGAAAUAUUAAUAGGGAGACAAGUAGGUUUGCUGGGUUCAUGGCUAAAGUUGAAGCCCGAAAUCCAAGCGGUAUGACUUACGAGGACAAGUUGAAAGAAGCAAAGGAACUAUAUAAAGAUUCACCAACUUCAACAAGCAGCAAAAAACCAGUUUUUGCAUUUGAGCAUUGUUGGGUUGUGUUGAAGAACCAACCAAAGUGGGGUAUGCCUAAGGAAAGAUCAAAGGGACUUCCUCAAACUCCAAGUUCAAUUGAUCAAGUUUGUAGUAAUAAUGAUGACACAAUGGAGGUAGAGAGACCAAUUGGCAGAAAAGCCGAAAAGGCUAAGCGAAAGAGAACAGAUGGUGAUAAGGGUUUUGAGGAUUAUUUGGUGAAAAAAAUGCAGUAUAUGCAAGAAUCACAUGAACAAGACAAUGAGGCUCUUCGCAUCAAAGCGGAUAGGGUUCGAGUGGAUGCGCAAAGAGCUGAUAUUGAAAAGGAAAGAGCUGAUAUUGAAAAAGAAAGACUUCGUCUUGAAACUAGUAGGGAGAUGCAUAGAGUUGAUAUUGAAAAUGAAAAGCUUCGUCUUGAAACUAUUAGGGAGGAGGGAAGAAUAAUGACCUUGGAUACAAGUGGCAUGAAUGACAAAGAAAAACUUUAUUUUGAAAAUCUCAAGAAUCAAAUCCUUGCAAGACAACAAUUAGAGUAAAUAGUUGGGUUUGAUCCAAGGAGAUGAUGUUUUGUCAUAACUAUAUUUUGGUAGUAAAUUAUAUAUGGGUUGGGGUUUGGCAUAUGUAAAUGCUAUUUUGUUUCAACCUUAUUUUGGUAGUGGUUUAUUUUAAACGUAAGUUUGGAACAUGUAGAUGAUGUAUUGUUCCAACUUGAUCAAUUGGCAGUAGGUUGUGCCAUUUAUGUAAUCACAUUAUUUUUGGUUAUAUGAAAAACUUAUGUCCUUUCUAUGUUUGAUGAAGUUUAAAAGUGAUCGUUUUUAGUCCCUUAGAUGAUGUGGCCUAACUAAAAAUUGACAUGUGAUCAUUCCAUAGGGACUAAGAUUGCUCUCCUUUUCAAUUUAAUUGUGGUAAACUGGUAAUGCAACUUUUGUUUGUGUGGAGAUGGGGAGGUUUGUAUAUAUUCGAUGGAUACACGAGAUUAAGAUUCAGCAAAUGGAAUAUUGGAGUUAAUGCCAAACAAGGAGAGAGUGAAACGAAGUUGUUUGAGAAUUUUGUAAUAUAUGAUGUGCUGAAAUGGUGUUGUUUGGAUUCAUUGUUCCGGUUCAAGGUACAAUAAGGAUUAGGGAAGCCUAGUAGGAUUUAGAUUAAGGCGUUGAGGAAGUGCUUGACAAAGUCUCUGUGAAUCUCAUCUAGUUAUUGAUAAUGUGUCUAUUAAUUACCUGAUGAAGUUUUAGUUUCUAUAAUAUCUCGCUUGACUUUGAAAGAA